AUGACUCCAACGGCCACAGAAUCCAAAAGUUUCUCAAAAAAUACAGAGGCCCAUAUAAACAAUUUUGGUUCUUUUACUGGUACUUCAGAUCCUGAAAAGUGGAUUUUGAAAAAUGUUGCACAGUUUCUACACUCCAUGGAUUUUACCAACCCAGAUGAGUGUUGUGAAACCUAUGCUGAAAUUCUUCGGAAAUGUCGAAAACUCGGAAAUUUGGAGUUGGGUUUUCAAGUUCAUGCUCAUUUGAUUGUUAAUGGCGUUGAAUUGUGUGAAUUUCUUGGUGGUCAGUUGCUGGAGACGUAUUGUAAGCUUGGCUGUGUUGAAGAUGCACGCAAGCUGUUUGCGAAAAUGCCUGAAAGAAAUGUUUUUAGCUGGACGUCCAUGAUGGAGAUGUACUAUAGACUGGGCGAUUAUACAGAGGUGAUGACACUGUAUUAUGGGAUGAUUGGUGAAGGAAUACGACCCGAUCAUUUUGUUUUCCCGAAGGUUUUCAAAGCCUGUUCGGAGUUGAGGGAUUACAAAGUAGGAAAACAUGUUUAUGAUUACAUGUUGAGCAUUGGGUUUGAGGGGAAUGCUUGGGUUAAAAGGUCUUUCCUUGAAAUGUUUGUUAAGUGCGGAAGGAUUGAUAUUGCCAGACGGUUGUUUGAAGAGAUGAAAUUUAAGGACGUUUUCAUGUGGAACAUAAUGGUUUCGGGUUAUGCAAUAAAGGGUGAAUUCAGAAAAGCUUUGAGGUAUAUUAAUGCCAUGAAGCUUUCUGGGGUAAUGCCUGACCGAGUAACUUGGAAUUCGCUUAUUGCAGGUUUUAUUCAGAACAGGCGGCUAAAUGUGGCUUUCAAAUAUCUUUCCGAGUUGAGUGAUUCGGAAGAUUACAGUCCGGAUGUUGUAUCUUGGACUGCAGUGAUAUCAGGAUAUGAAAAGAAUGGUUAUUCCUCUCAAGCAUUGAGCUUGUUUAGGAAAAUGCUGAGGAAAGGAGUGAGACCGAAUUCUGUUACCAUUGCAAGUGUGGUUUCAUGUUGUACCAACUUGUCAUUGUCUCAACACGGCAAGGAGAUCCAUGGCUAUUGUAUAAAGAGAAGUGAAUUGGACUCAGAUUUGCUCGUGAGUAACGCAUUGGUCGACUUCUAUGCUAAAUGCUCUUCCUUGCAAUUUGCACGUCAAAAAUUCGAUAAUAUCAUACAAAAGGAUUUAAUAUCUUGGAAUUCAAUGCUGUCUGGUUAUGCUCUUGGGGGUUGUUAUGAGGAAGUUGUUAGGAUUCUUAGCGAAAUGAAAGCACGAGGCGUGAAAUCCGACAUUGUUACAUGGAACGGAUUGAUAACGGGCUUUACUCAAACAGGAGAUGGAAAAUCUGCGCUGGAAUUUUUAUAUAGGAUGUGCAGGACAAGUAUAAAGCCCAACUCAACUACUUUAUCAGGGGCUCUCACUGCUUGCGCCCAAAUGAGAGAUUUGAGAUUAGGAAAGGAGAUUCAUGGAUACUUAUUUAGGCAUCAAAUUGAACUGUCAACAGGUAUUGGGAGUGCUCUCAUUUCGAUGUACGCGAGAUGUGAAUCUCUGGAACUAGCAUACUCUGUGUUUGGUGAACUUUCUACCAAAGAUGUUGUUGUGUGGAAUUCGAUUAUCGCUGCUUGUGCACAAAGCAGACAAGGGGUUAGUGCCUUAAAUUUGUUACGAGAUAUGAAUCUGGUCGAUGUAAGACCAGACACUGUGACGAUGAUUUCUGUACUUAAAGCUUGUUCAAGAUUAGCAGCUUUGCGCCAAGAUACUGGUAGCUUUGUAUGGAAUGCCCUUAUUGACAUGUAUGGUCGAUGUGGGUCGAUCCAAAAUAGUCGAAGAGUUUUUGAUGCAAUGCCCCAUAAGGAUCUUGUCUCCUGGAACGUGAUGAUAUCAAUGUAUGGGAUGCACGGCUUUGGAAUGGAUGCUGUGAACCUUUUUCAACAAAUGAGAACAGUGGGACUAAAACCAAACUAUGUCACAUUCACAAAUCUAUUAUCGGCUUGUACUCACUCGGGACUAGUAAACGAAGGAUGGGAAUAUUUCAAAUUGAUGAAGGAGGAAUAUGCCAUGGAACCGGCUAUGGAGCAAUAUGCUUGUAUUGUCGAUCUUAGGGCCCGAGCAGGACAAUUUGAUGAAUCCAUGGAGUUUAUAAGAGAGAUGCCAUUUGAGCCAAAUGCAGCAGUUUGGGGUUCACUUCUAGGUGCUUGUAGGAUUCACUCCAACCCCAACCUUGCGGAAUAUGCUGCCAAGCAUCUUUUCGAGCUCGAGCCACAAAGUUCCGGGAACUAUAUCCUUCUAGCCAACAUUUACUCUGCAGCAGGAAGGUGGGAGGAUGCAGCCAAGAUUCGUGGUUUGAUGAAGGAACGGGGAGUGACGAAAUCUCCGGGAUGCAGUUGGAUUGAGGUCAAAAGAAAGGUCCACAGCUUCAUUGCUGGGGACGCUUCACAUCCGUCGAUGGAGGCCAUAUCAGAAAAGAUGGAGAGCUUGUAUGUGCAGAUAAAGAAGUUGGGGUAUGUCCCCGAAACAGGUUUUGUGUUGCGGAAAGUUGAAGAAGGUGAGAAGGAGUUCAACCUUUGUGGCCACAGUGAAAAGCUCGCUUUAGCUUUCGGCUUGAUUAGUACACCGGCUCGAACCCCUUUAAGAAUAAUCAAGAACUUGAGGAUUUGUGGAGACUGUCAUACUGCAGCAAAAUAUAUAUCCAAGGUUGAAGAAAGGGAGAUCAUAAUGAGGGAUAACUACAGAUUUCACCACUUCUAUCAAGGUGUUUGCUCUUGUGGGGAUUACUGGUGAAUUGGACUAAGAAUCACAACACCAAUAACCAAAACUUGAGUCAAGUGAAUUUCUAUUUUGAUUUAAAUUGUAAUCCAAAAGACGCAUGGAGUGGUCAGAAGAUCAAAAUGCUUAAAAGGCCUCAGAAAAAUG